UGUUUGGGGCCUAGUUUAGAAAUUGCCGGCCAUGUGCACUCCGCGACCUUCUCUCUCAGCGUGUAACUGAGUCGGCGUGUGUUGCUUCUUGUCGAGUAGAAUAUCAAUCGGGUUUUGCUGGAACUAAAUAACAUGAUGCAUCGGCUUCCACGUGUACUGCGUUCAAAAGCAGCAUGCCACUUGUCCCAAGUCAGGUUUAUGGCGAAGGAUAUACGAUUUGGACCAGAAGUGCGAGCCCUCAUGUUGCAGGGAGUAGACAUUCUUGCAGAUGCUGUAGCUGUUACAAUGGGACCAAAGGGUCGUAAUGUGAUAUUGGAACAGUCAUGGGGCAGCCCUAAAAUCACAAAGGAUGGUGUAACAGUAGCAAAAGGUGUGGAAUUAAAAGAUAAAUUCCAGAACAUUGGAGCAAAGUUGGUUCAAGAUGUUGCUAACAAUACAAAUGAAGAGGCAGGAGAUGGUACAACAACAGCUACAGUUCUUGCCAGAGCUAUUGCUAAAGAAGGUUUUGAGAAGAUUAGCAAGGGUGCAAACCCUGUUGAAAUAAGAAGAGGUGUUAUGAUGGCUGUAGAUGCAAUUAAAGAAAAUUUGAAAUCCUUAUCAAAACCUGUUACCACCCCAGAAGAGAUUGCCCAGGUAGCAACAAUUUCUGCUAAUGGGGAUAGAAAUGUUGGUGAUCUCAUAUCAGAAGCAAUGAAGAAGGUUGGCAAGGAAGGUGUGAUCACAGUUAAGGAUGGAAAAACUCUAAAUGAUGAGCUGGAAGUAAUUGAAGGCAUGAAGUUCGAUCGUGGAUACAUAUCACCUUACUUCAUUAAUACAUCAAAAGGUGCAAAAGUUGAAUUUAAUGACUGUUUGUUGCUUCUAAGUGAGAAGAAGAUCUCCAGUGUUCAGUCUAUUAUUCCAGCCCUUGAACUGGCAAAUGUUCAGCGGAAACCAUUGGUAAUUAUUGCUGAAGAUGUUGAUGGUGAAGCCCUUAGCACUCUGGUUGUGAAUCGAUUAAAAAUUGGGCUUCAAGUAGCUGCUGUUAAAGCCCCUGGUUUUGGUGAUAAUCGCAAAGCUACACUUCAUGACAUGGCUAUUGCUACAGGUGGAAUUGUAUUUGGAGAUGAGGCCAACACAAUCAAGAUUGAGGAUGUUCAACUCUCAGACCUGGGUCAAGUGGGAGAAAUUGUCAUCACUAAGGAUGAUACACUAAUACUCCGGGGUAAAGGCAAGAAGUCUGACAUAGAUCGCCGUACUGAACAGCUUCGUGACCAGAUUUCCAGUACUACAUCAGAGUAUGAGAAGGAGAAACUACAAGAAAGACUGGCACGAUUGGCUUCUGGUGUAGCGGUGCUUAAAGUCGGAGGAUCAAGUGAGGUGGAGGUGAAUGAGAAGAAGGACCGUGUUAAUGAUGCUCUCAAUGCGACACGAGCUGCUGUAGAGGAGGGAAUUGUUCCAGGUGGUGGCACUGCUCUGCUGAGGUGCAUUCCAACUCUGACCAGUAUUCAUACAUCAAAUGGUGACCAAGCAACAGGAGUGGACAUUGUCCGCAAGGCUUUGCGAACGCCUUGCAUGCAGAUUGCAAAGAAUGCAGGCACUGACGCUUCAGUGGUGGUUGCUAAAGUUGAAGAACUGGAUAGUGAAAUUGGAUAUGAUGCAAUGAACAAUGAGUAUGUGAAUAUGAUAGAGAAGGGCAUCAUUGAUCCUACCAAGGUUGUCCGAACAGCCCUGACAGAUGCAGCUGGAGUUGCAUCAUUGUUAACAACAGCUGAAGUUGUUAUAACUGAUAUUCCAAAGGAAGAGAUGGGAUCAGAUGGCAGGAUGGGUGGUAUGGGAGGAAUGGGGGGGAUGGGUGGUAUGAUGUAAGUAAUUCUAAACCAGUUAAUGUCAUCAACACAGGAUUAAAAGACUGAAGAGAAGAAGUGAAAGAAACCAGAAUACCCUAGUGUCACCACAAGAGAUAUUGCAUUGUGUGAGGUUCAUGUGUAUGUUGCAAAUGUUUCUGUAGGGGGAGAAGUUAAAUAAGAGCUCAAAAUCUUCUAUGAAUGGAAAGAAUUAUACAAGAUUUCCAUUGGUCAUGUAGUAAUAGAUGUUUUUAAUUGAUCAUGCCAAAACUUAUUUCGUGUAUAACUAAACCUCUGGUAGUUGUGAGUUGACUGGUAUGCAUUAUCGGAAUACCAGUUUGUUGAAUAUUAACACUUGAAUAGGUCUCUUCACAGUGGACAAAGUUCCCUUUUGUUAUCUGCUGCUGGAAAACCUGUUGACAGUUCCAAUAAAUAAAAACUGGCACUACUCACUGUUGCUUACUUCACAUAAUGUGUAAAUUGGCCAUAGUCUAGGUCCUUGCAUUGUAAACUGUGAAGGAUGUGUUGUAAUCUCAUGGACAUUGUUCUGACCUCAUACUUCAAAGCAUUUAUUCAUUCCAUUGUCAUGAUUUGUUUAAAUUAAAUGUGUGGUAUCCCUGUUAUGCCAAAUUAUUGAACAUUUUACUCUUGGUAUACAUUCAUCUUUGUGAUGCCAAGGUAAUUGAAGUGUUAAAACUUAGAAGCUUGAAAGAAGCAGAUACAUGAAUUAUAUAUGCAUGAGGUGCAAGCUAAUUGCAAUGUAAAUAAGUUCUGAAUAUCUUGUAACAGAAUAAACAGUUCAUUGUUUUUCAGUUUCAUAUUCCAUGUGAAUUUUGUUACAUGUACUGAAAUAAAAAAAAUAUAACCAA